AUGUCUGAGACCAUUUAUGAGAACGAUCUUGGUGAUCAACAGAAAAUGGAAGAAUUUGUGUUAAAUACAGCUGGAGAGAGCGAUGAGGCGGACGAGAGGACAGCGACUAUUUAUGAAAGCAUAGACAGCUACGAGGGUCACAACGCUGCAACACAGAGUUCAGUGCAGCAGCAGCCAGACAGAUUUAAACUGCAGACCCUCAGCAGGAGCUCGGCUGAAAAGAGAAACCAAACUUUGGCUGAAAUCAUGGGCGUUUUAACACGUUUACUUCCUGAAUUGCUUGCAGAUCACUUCUGUAAAGACGGCUGCAAGUCAUUCAGCAACAGUUUUUAUUACAUUUCUUCUGGAUGGAAGAGCUGGGAGGACAGCAGACAGGACUGCAGAGACAGAGGGGCAGAUCUAGUCAUUGUAACCAAUGAAGAAGAGCAGGGAUUCAUUAAUUCCUUCAACCAGGAAUUCUGGAUCGGUCUGACAGACAGAGAAGAAGAGGGAACAUGGAGAUGGGUAGAUGGUUCAGUUCUGAACAGCUCAGGGUUUUGGUAUCCAGGCGAGCCCAACGCACGUACGUGGAAGGAGGAUUGUGUCUACGUGUAUUGGUCUGGAGUGCUGAACAGUUGGAAUGAUGCUGACUGUUCUACCUUGAGACACUGGAUCUGUGAAAAACCUAUGGAUGUCUAAUGUCAUUUGUAAAUAUUCUGUGAUAAGCACCAAAAAAUAGCUUUUUAUCUUUUUUCUUAUAAAACACUUUUUUGAAACACAAUCAUUCUCCUCCCUCUAGCAGCCGUAGAUUCUGCCCUACAAAGUCUAACUGCAGUUACUACUUUUUUGGUCGAAAUUGAGUUAUAAACUAAAAAUGAACUCCUUGAUGAAUGUUUAAUCUUGUGACAAAGUUUUAGAUUUCAAUUUUGCUUUAACUCAGAGAAAUAAUGAUAUAAAAAUUGCAGUAACUACAAAAUCCAACUCAAAACCAAAGCAGACCGCAUUGAUUGCACUUACAACAGUCUGUUUUGACUGAAAUACAGUGUAGCCUUGUAUUUAUUCAUUGUGUUGAAUAGUGAAGACAAGAAUAAUAGAAAUUAUACGUUUAUUAGGAGGGGAAAUUAUUAUCUAUAUAGCAAUUAAGUAAAGGGGGAAUAAAUUAUGUCAAGACUAAAAUGUAACAUUACUUCAUAAUAUUAAGUCUAAAAUACACAAAUCUUCUAAUA